CAGGUUGGACGUUUGGUUUUGUUGCAUCUGGAUCGGGUUAAACUUCUUCUCACGGACCCGUUCGGUUCGGUUCGUGUUCUGGUGUCUGGUGUCUGGUGUCCGGUGUCCGGUUCUAGCAUGAAUGAGGCGGAAGGACUCCGGUUCCGGCGGCAGCACCGACCGACCGUCAUCACCGACGAAGUGCCGGAAAACCGCUACAAAGGACCUGGCACGUACAGUGGGAAGGUUUUCCAGGUGACCCUGUUCGUUCUUGGUGGCUUCCUGCUGCUUCCUCUCCUCUUCAUCAUCCUUAUCCUGGAGUCUCCCAUCCAGCCUGAAAGUUUCCGGCUGAAGGAGCCGCCACUGAUGACUGGUUGCUGGGAACCGAACCUCAAGCUACGGGAAGCUCAGAGGCUCUUUGAAGACCAGAUUGUUGGUCCUGAGUCCAUCGCCAACAUUGGCGAUGUUUUGUACACGGGGACGGCUGAUGGUCAGAUCGUGAAGCUGAUUGGUCGGAGAAGCCACACGGUUACCCGGCUGGGAAAACCACCCUGCGGAUCCAGAGAGGAUGAAACCAGCUGUGGGAGGCCACUGGGGGUCAGAGUUGGACCAAAUGGCACCUUAUUUGUCGCUGACGCAUAUCUGGGCCUGUUCGAGGUCAACCCCACCACAGGUGAGGCGGUAAAGCUGGUGUCGGGUGGUCAGGUGAUCGCUGGCCGGAAGCUGUCAUUCAUCAACGACUUGACAGUGACGCAGGAUGGCAAGAAGGUGUAUUUCACCGACUCCAGCAGCAGGUGGCAGCGCAGAGACUACCUGUACCUCAUCAUGGAGGCCACUGCUGAUGGACGGGUGUUGGAGUAUGACAUGGACAGCCGCGAGGUGACUGUGCUGAUGGAGAACCUUCGAUUCCCAAACGGCAUCCAGCUGCUUCCAGAGGAAGAGUCUGUGCUGGUCGCAGAGACCACCAUGGCCCGGAUCCGCAGGGUUCACGUGGCUGGUCUGAAUAAAGGCGGGAUGGACACCUUCAUGGACAACCUGCCUGGUUUCCCUGACAACAUCCGUCCAAGUUCUACUGGGGGUUACUGGGUCACCAUGGCAGCUGUGAGGCCAAACCCCGGGUUCUCCAUGCUGGACUUCUUGUCCCAAAGACCCUGGAUCAAGAAACUCAUCUUCAAGAUCUUCAGUCAGGAGGUCAUGAUGAAGUUCAUCCCUCGUUACAGUCUGGUGGCCGAGCUUCACGAUGGCAACAUCUGUAGGCGGAGCUUACACGACCCCAACGGCCUGGUGGCGGCUUACAUCAGCGAGGCUCAUGAGCAUGAUGGGAGUUUGUACCUGGGCUCUUUCCGCUCGCCGUAUGUCUGUAAACUAGACCUGAGCAAAGUCUGAAACCUGGGUCAAUGUGGAAACUGGGUCGUGUUCAUAAGUGUUUGGACCAACUCUGACUAAAAGUAUCCUCAGCUUUAACUCAAAACAUUUAGGAAUUACAAACACACAGUCCCUCCAUGUCCAGAGCUCAGAAAUAAUUUAAUUUCAAUUCGCUUGCAAUUUAUUUUCCUUUAUAUAGUGCCAAAUCACAACAGAGUUGCCUCAAGGCACUUCACACAAGUAAGGUCUAACCUUACCAACC